AUGGAAGAGGGCCAGAACUGGAAGACUGUCGGUGGUUGGGUAUGGGUCGUCGGAGAUGGCGCCUGGCAGUACCUAGUGGCCGGAGAUGGAGAUGGACGUAGGCAGUGGUCGACGGUGCUUAUCAGACGGUGGGGGACCUCGUCGGCGGUCGCUCUGUCGGAGAUGGAAAACGACGGUGGCGGGCUAGUGCGAAAAUGGUCUCCGGAACGACGGUGGUGGGUCGUGCGUGGUGGUCGACGAUGGCGGGUCGUCAAGCUUUUGCUCAGUAGGAAGGUCAGCAUCGAUGCUCGUGAUCGCUGGUGGGCACGGUACGCUGCUGAUGCUAAAUAUUACGGAAAUACUGAAGUUUACAAUAUUUUGAAAGCUCGUGGAGCCAAAGUUCCGAAGUUCAGGAAGACGCCUAUGACUGUCUUAAAUCCUCGAGAACUUCCGGAGAAUGAGCUUAAUCCACUGGAACUUCAGGUUCGGAAAGGUGACGGGAUCUCAAAGGGAACAUAUCAAGUGGCUAAGUGGAAUGGCACAAAGGUUGCCGUAAAGAUACUUGACAAGGACAGCUAUUCAGACCCUGAAAGCAUAAAUGCUUUCAAACACGAGCUAACAUUGUUAGAAAAGGUUCGACAUCCUAAUGUGCUUCAGUUUGUUGGAGUUGUUACCCAAAAUAAACCUAUGAUGAUUGUUUCAGAGUAUCAUCCAAAUGUAAGCAAGUAUAUACUCUCUCCCCUCCCACCCUUAAAAAAAAAGAAAACGAGUGCUGGCAAUUUGCAUAUGUUUGAGUUUGAGUAA